CUGUGGAGUUGGCAGAGGCUCCUCGGGGGACUAGGGGGACCGAUCUGCGUAGAAGCGGGUGGCAGGGACGAGAGGGGAGGAGAGCUCCGAGUGGGAAGCGGAGCCGGGGGCGCAGGACCCGUCGCGUCAGAGCCAGGCAAGUGAACCGGAGCAAACGACUUCCGAUCCAGUCUGCGCUGCUGCGACUCCCGUUUGGGAUUUGAUUUGCAGCAUCUUCGAGCCUGUGCAACAAAAACCCGCGAAACACGCCCAGCCCUCCCCCGGCACCCCGAUACGCACCCACUCUCUCCCGGGGACCCAGCUGGGCGAGUCCACACCGCCGCACCCUCACACCAUGUUGUGCGGAAGGACUUCCACUCCCUGCCUGUGUCGUUGAUGUCAGACCCCAGGCCAGCCUUCGGGCGCUGCAGUUCUCCCGGCUAAUGCUGAGGCUGCGGCUCGGGCUCUAGCACAGGAACCAGCCGCCGCCGCGCCCGGCCCCAGCGCCCACCGCCUGCAUGUGCCCGCCGUAGCCGCCUGCCCAGCCCGCAGCCCGCGCUCCCCGGAGCGCUGGAGACCACCGCGGGGGGCCCCUUCUGCCCUCUGGAGAAACGGUCUUGGAGGUAUUGAUUUCGGCGGUUGGAUUUUUCCCGUGGAUCUAUCAAUUCACAAUUCGAAUUUGGAAGAAAGAAGGAAAACAUGACGUCUCCAGCCAAAUUCAAAAAGGAUAAGGAGAUCAUAGCAGAGUACGAUACUCAGGUCAAAGAGAUCCGUGCUCAGCUCAUAGAGCAGAUGAAAUGCCUGGACCAGCAGUGUGAACUCCGGGUACAGCUGUUGCAGGACCUCCAGGACUUCUUCCGUAAGAAGGCUGAGAUCGAGAUGGACUACUCCCGCAACCUGGAGAAGCUGGCAGAGCGCUUCCUGGCCAAGACAAGGAGCACCAAGGACCAGCAGUUCAAGAAGGAUCAGAAUGUUCUCUCUCCAGUCAACUGCUGGAAUCUCCUCUUAAACCAGGUGAAGCGGGAGAGCAGGGACCACACCACGCUGAGUGACAUCUACCUGAAUAAUAUCAUUCCUCGAUUUGUCCAAGUCAGCGAGGACUCAGGAAGACUCUUUAAAAAGAGUAAAGAAGUCGGCCAGCAGCUCCAAGAUGAUCUGAUGAAGGUCCUGAAUGAGCUGUACUCGGUCAUGAAGACAUAUCACAUGUACAAUGCCGACAGCAUCAGUGCUCAGAGCAAGCUAAAGGAGGCGGAGAAGCAGGAGGAGAAGCAAAUUGGAAAAUCUGUGAAGCAGGAGGACCGGCAGACCCCACGCUCCCCUGACUCCACGUCCAACGUCCGCAUUGAGGAGAAGCAUGUCCGGAGGAGCUCAGUGAAGAAGAUCGAGAAGAUGAAGGAGAAGCGCCAAGCCAAGUAUACGGAGAAUAAGCUGAAGGCCAUUAAAGCCCGGAAUGAGUACUUACUGGCCUUGGAAGCCACCAAUGCCUCUGUCUUCAAGUACUACAUCCACGACCUGUCUGACCUUAUUGAUCAGUGCUGUGACUUAGGAUACCACGCCAGCCUGAACCGCGCGCUGCGCACCUUCCUCUCUGCUGAGCUGAACCUGGAACAGUCGAAGCACGAGGGUCUGGACGCCAUCGAGAACGCUGUGGAAAACCUGGACGCCACCAGUGACAAGCAGCGCCUCAUGGAGAUGUACAACAACGUCUUCUGUCCACCGAUGAAGUUUGAGUUCCAGCCCCACAUGGGGGACAUGGCAUCCCAGCUCUGUGCCCAGCAGCCCGUCCAGAGUGAGCUGGUACAGAGAUGCCAACAACUGCAGUCUCGCUUAUCCACACUGAAGAUCGAGAAUGAAGAGGUAAAGAAGACGAUGGAGGCCACUCUGCAGACCAUCCAGGACAUUGUGACCGUUGAGGAUUUCGAUGUCUCUGAUUGCUUCCAGUACAGCAACUCUAUGGAAUCCGUCAAGUCCACGGUCUCAGAAACUUUCAUGAGCAAACCCAGCAUCGCCAAGAGGAGGGCCAACCAGCAGGAGACGGAGCAGUUCUACUUCACGAAAAUGAAGGAGUACCUGGAGGGCAGGAACCUCAUCACCAAGCUACAAGCCAAGCACGACCUUCUCCAGAAAACCCUGGGAGAGAGUCAGCGGACAGACUGCAGUCUGGCCAGGCGAAGCUCAACGGUGAGGAAACAGGAUUCCAGCCAGGCAAUUCCUCUGGUGGUAGAAAGCUGUAUCCGGUUUAUCAGCAGACACGGGCUCCAGCAUGAAGGAAUUUUCCGGGUGUCAGGAUCCCAGGUGGAAGUGAAUGACAUCAAAAAUGCCUUUGAGAGAGGAGAGGACCCCCUGGCUGGGGACCAGAAUGACCACGACAUGGACUCCAUAGCCGGCGUCCUGAAGCUGUACUUCCGGGGCCUCGAGCACCCGCUCUUCCCCAAGGACAUCUUCCACGACCUGAUGGCCUGCGUCACAAUGGACAGCCUGCAGGAGCGAGCUCUGCACAUCCGGAAGGUCCUCCUGGCCCUCCCCAAAACCACUCUGAUUGUCAUGAGAUACCUCUUUGCCUUCCUCAAUCAUUUAUCACAGUUCAGUGAAGAGAACAUGAUGGACCCCUACAACCUCGCCAUCUGCUUCGGGCCCUCACUGAUGUCGGUGCCUGAGGGCCACGACCAGGUGUCCUGCCAAGCGCACGUGAACGAGCUGAUCAAAACCAUCAUCAUCCAACACGAGAAUGUCUUCCCCAGCCCCCGGGAGCUGGAGGGCCCCAUCUACAGCAGAGGAGGGAGCACGGAGGAUUACUGUGACAGCCCUCACGGAGAGACUACCUCGGCUGAGGACUCAACCCAGGAUGUGACCGCAGAGCACCACACCAGUGAUGACGAGUGUGAGCCCAUCGAGGCCAUUGCCAAGUUUGACUAUGUGGGCCGCACAGCCCGAGAGCUGUCCUUCAAGAAGGGGGCAUCUUUGCUGCUUUACCAGCGGGCUUCCGACGACUGGUGGGAAGGCCGGCACAACGGCAUCGACGGUCUCAUCCCCCAUCAGUACAUCGUGGUCCAAGACACCGAGGACGGUGUCGUGGAGAGGUCCAGCCCCAAGUCUGAGAUUGAGGUCAUUUCUGAGCCACCUGAAGAAAAGGUGACAGCCAGAGCGGGGGCCAGCUGUCCCAGUGGGGGUCAUGUAGCCGAUAUUUAUCUUGCAAACAUCAACAACACCUUACAUCUCAAGAAAUCAAAGCCUAUGACCACCAAGCAGAGGAAGCGGCCAGAAUCUGGGAGCAUCCGGAAAACGUUUCGGAGCGAUGGCCACGGGCUGAGCAGUUCCCUGACUGAUUCCGCCUCCCCGGGGGUGGGGGCUAGCUGCCGCCCGUCUUCCCAGCCCAUCCUGAGCCAGAGCCUCCCCAAGGAAGGGCCGGAUAAGUGUUCCAUCAGUGGGCAUGGAAGCCUCAACUCCAUCAGCCGCCACUCGUCGCUGAAGAAUCGGCUGGACAGUCCACAGAUCCGGAAGACGGUGACAGCAGGAAGGUCAAAAAGCUUCAAUAACCACCGGCCCAUGGACCCUGAGGUCAUUGCACAGGAUAUUGAGGCGACCAUGAACUCUGCCCUGAAUGAGCUGCGGGAGCUGGAGCGGCAGAGCAGCGUCAAGCACGCGCCGGACGUGGUUCUGGACACCUUGGAGCCCCUCAAGACCUCCCCCGUGGUGGCGCCCACGUCGGAGCCCUCCAGCCCGCUGCACGCCCAGCUGCUCAAGGACCCGGAGCCGGCCUUCCAGCGCAGCGCCAGCACAGCGGGGGACAUCGCCUGCGCCUUCCGGCCCGUCAAGUCUGUCAAGAUGGCGGCGCCCCUCAAGCCUCCGGCCACGCGGCCCAAGCCCGCCGUCUUCCCCAAAACGAACGCCACCAGCCCGGGCGUCGGCUCCUCCGCCUCCCCACAGUCCACUGACAAGUCUUGUACUGUCUGAGGGGCGUAAUUUAAUUCUCCUAGACAAGGGGACUAGAGGGACUGACUGUUAUUAAAAACCUUCCUAUUUAACUAGUUGGGGACUUCAGUUGAAACUUAGGUUCUAAGUUGUUCUUGCCUUCCCGUCACCCAAAACCUUGAGAAUGAAGCCCUCGGUAUCGCCCUGCCCCCGGCCCCCUGCCGCCCCCAGCCGUCGUAACCCAGCCAGCUACAGUACAUGCAGUCCUUAGGUUAGCCGGAGAUGGAUGUGUCCACCAUCAGUCACUGUGAAGCCUGGUGAGGCCCGUCACGGGCCCUGGGCUAGCGGCCCGCCCCCGCGGACACCGGCCGCCGAGCCAGACGGCCGGCCGCCGGCAGCGGCUCUCGGUGGCGUCUUGUUUGGGUACUGAUUAUGGAGGAUCACAUACAGCCCAUGCUCCGUUUUACACACACACACACACACGUAGGUUUUUCUAGUCUCUGGCACGUGUAGCCUCCCCUGGUCCUAGAUAGACCGUCUUUUUGUAAGUUAUUGCGGCAGUUCACACAGCAGCCACCAGGGGUCUCUGUUUCCGUUACAAAUCUCAUUCUGUUUGGGCCAGAGAACCUAGCCUUUGCAAUCUCUCCAUCAUACGAAAUCUAGCAGGAUGGGACUCGAUCCUGUAAACUGUCUGGGGUUGGGACUUUCUGUCUUCUUUCUAUUGGUGUGAAUUGGUCAUUGGUGUUUGCUUUUGCUCUCCUCCAUUCUCUGGAACUACAACCCAGUCUUAUUAUGGAACUUCUAAAGUUUUUCUGAAUGUAUAGACAUUUCUCGGGGUCCUAUCUUUGUGUCUGAUGGACCAUUUUCCAUUUAAGACAUUUUCCUGUGUAAGACAGUUUUAUAGUUGGUUCCUUUUAGGGUAAAGAGUCUUAAGACAGUUUUAUUGUAUUUGUGGCAGGUUUGGAAAAGGUAAGAAAUGGGUCCCUCCUCCCGCUUUUUUGGGUACUUAAGACAUAAGAUUUAUUAUCCUAUUAAAAAUUAAAUUCAGCUUUGCUAAUCCUAAAAUCGUUCCCAAAUGAAAAUUUAUUCUAAGUUUACCCCCUAGUUGGGUCAUUCUACAAGGUCUCUCUUCAGGGACCAAUGGGGCUUAGGGAGCCCUAGUUAGAUUAAAGAGAGACAGAGCCCCUUAAAACUGAUCUCUAUUUAUCUGGACAAGGACAACUAAGAGAACUCUGGCCUCAUGGGCUUUAAAAUCUUUCCAAGGCCUGAAUUUUAAGAAAAUCAAAAAUUGGAUGCUGACUCUUUUGGACUCCCUUUGGCCUUUAUGGUUCUCCUCCAAAAAGCAAAAAAGCUUGUCUGCUUUAAUCACUCUCCAGAUCUGGUCCCAGCUCCCCCAACUCUCCCAGCAUCAUGCUGUCCCAGGGAGACCAGACCUAGGGAUGGGCACGCCCCAGGUUCAUGGGUCUCAGACGACUACUUGAGUUAAAGCUGAAACUCAUUCCUCUUCUCUGUUUUCUGGUGUUUAAAGCUGCACUUUUUGCCUUGUUUCUCACAGUUUAGGAAAGAUAGUGGGUUGCCAUUCAGAUAGGAAAAUCUAAAUUGUCUUAACUUUGGCCUAAAAGAUCCUUUCCGAAUCAACAUUUGGAAGCUGGUAGUCGUCUCUGUGGAAAACGGUAGGAUUUUCCUCCUUCAGCGUGAAGGAAAAGAGGAGCUCUAUGGAAAGUUGCUAGUUAGAAAAGCAGCCUGCAGCAUCAGGAAAAUCAUCCCAUGGGCCAGGAUGGAAAGAUGAAGAGCUCCUUCAGUGAGUGUGUCAGCCUGUGGGAGGCAACCCACAGUCCUCCGGAUUCUCAGCUUCUUUGCUCUGUGUGGUGGCCUGACCUGUCUGUCACCGGAACUUACGCAGGCCCUGAGCCAACAGAGGGCUUUCAUAGCCAAGGAUCUGUUUCCUUGCUGAAAAUGAAACCCCACCCUUCUCUUGACAUUCCUUCUGAUCCGACUGGUCAAAAUUGGUGCCCAUACCUGCCCUUUUCCUCUUUUCCUGGCAUGUCCUUCUCUCAAGAAAGAAAAGGCAAAGCCUCCCUAAUGACAACACCUUGGACCUGUUCCGUUGCUCCUGCCUUAGGUCUCUUUCAGCCCUGUACCUGACUUGCGUUCACCAUCCCCGCGGUCAGGGCCCAUCUGCUGAUCUGCAUCACAGACUGGACGAUGUGUGAGUGCUCAUCUGCUACCCCCUCUCCGGGCGCUGAGUUGUCUUCCCCUCUCUGGUGCUCCUGACACCGAUGAGAUGGUCCUACCCUGAGGACUAGGAACCCCAGGAGGAGAGUCCUCGGCAGAGCUCAUUGCGAUCAACUGGAAUCGAGGUUACACACUGUGAUUCUUACACCGAAAAGCCAAGCAGAGCUGGCCACCCAGGGUCUCGGGAGACCAGUCUUCCUCAGAUUAGCUUCCUAAACCAGCAUGAUGCUUCAAAGAGCCCCACUCUGCCCCUGGAGGCCUGGAUCCUUUUCCUGGUGUGGACUCGGAUGGGUCAGUCUUUGGGACACAGAGGUGGGGUGGAGCUACCAGCAUCCCAGUUUGAAAAAGAGAGGAGUUUGCAGCCAGCAGCCUGUAAACUGGAAACACUGGUCUCAGCCAACCUCCUCAGGGCGCCCUGGUUUCUCCCCAAAGAGAUGAGCAGAGAUGACGCCAGCAACAGGAUGAACAGACCACUGGAAGGGCUGGUGCAUACGUACUAUGUUCAGAAGAGAAGUUAGAUCUUCCAGGGAAUUGCAAUGUUGUGACGUCUGACUUGUAUGUCACGUUUGUGUAAAAUGGUAUAUUCUUUAAAAUAGUGUUGAUAACUGGAAUAUUGUAUGUAUGCUUGGAGAUGCUUUGUGUGAACCUAAGACUGUCACUCAACAGAUGUUGGAUUGGGGAAAAUCCAAAGCACAACUUCUAAAUAAAAUACAUUUUUAGGUUUC